AUGUCUGAAGUGUCCGAGGACAUUAAGGAGUCUCUUCGACUCAUCGAGGAUCUCAAGUUCUUCCUUGCCACAGCUCCCGCCAAUUGGCAGGAUAACCAGGUCAUCCGACGCUACUACUUGAAUAACGACGAAGGCUUUGUUUCAUGUGUAUUCUGGAACAAUCUCUACUUCAUCACUGGAACUGAUAUCGUUCGCUGCAUCCUCUACAAGUUCCAACACUUCGGCCGUACCAUUACUGACCGCAAAAAGUUUGAGGAGGGCAUCUUUUCCGACCUCCGGAAUUUGAAGGCAGGCGAAGACGCUGUGUUGGAGAAUCCGAAGCUGGAUUUUUUGGAAUUUCUCUAUAAGAACUCGUGCCUUCGUACUCAGAAGAAGCAGAAAGUAUUUUACUGGUUCAAUGUGCCCCAUGACAAGCUCAUGGCUGAUGCGUUGGAGCGUGACAUAAAGAAGGAAAAGAUGGGACAGGUGCCCACUUCAAUUGCCCUGCGAGAACCUGCUCUACUGUUCCACUACGAGGAAGAUAAGUCCAGAUCACUCUAUGAACAACUCUCAGCCCACCUCAAUCUACCGAGGUUUGACCCCGACACCAAGUAUGAUGCCGAUCAGCCAAAUUCGCCAGACUAUGCCAAGGUUGAAGAAGAUGCGAGCGGCGAAGAUGGCGAUUUUCCUCUCGACUACUUGGACAAGGGUGGCAUGAGCGACUUCAUUACGCUCGAUUCCAACUUUCAGUCGGGUGCCUACAUCAAUUCGUAUGACAAUAAUUUCGACAGCAUCGACCCCAGUUUGUUCCAGAAUCCUGUCAAUGUUGCAAGCACUGAUGAUUACUUAAUCGAGCAAACAGUGCCCAUGCGGCCCACCGCCUCAUCAACACAAAUGAUGUUUCCUCGCCAACCUCGGAUCGUCGAGGAGCCGUUCCUUCCGUACCAAGGUACAUUCAUGCCUACUGCAACAGCGCCCCAAUUUCCCCACUCUGCCAUAAUGGCUCAAUUCCCUCCUUCUGCUAUGGUGGCGCAAUUCCCUCCUUAUGAUCCUGGCUACUUCUUCCACGAUGCACCUAUGGUCUCACAUCCAUCUGUCGAACCCGACUACUACCAGGCUCUGCAGAUGGCCCCUGUGCAAUCCAUGGUACACUUUGAGCCUCAGCCUACAAAUGGCUAUUACGGUUACUACGAUGACUACGAAUACAACGCGAGGCUUGCCGCUCCUUCACAACGUCAGCAGGAGAUAAGUGCGUCCAUGAUGAAAAAAAGACAGCAGCUCCAGCAAAGACGUGGGGUCCGUAAACCAGAACGAAGCACGCGAGUGGCAGAUUACGAGGCCCGUCUCAAUGAUCAUGUGAAGCAAAAAGAAGAGAUCAGGUCGGACGAGACGCUCAUACUCACGCCGGAGUCAUCCAUUGUCACCGAACAGCACCAGACGCAUAUCUAA